AUGUCAGUUAUUCCAAACGCCACGCUCGCCGAGUUCCACGAGUAUCUGGAUGAGGAUACCGGUCGAAUCCACGUAAUCUACUUUCCCAAGCAUCGUCCGUGCCUGGAAACCGAAAAAUUGUCGCCGUCCAUACAGACAUCACCGCCACCCACCGCACCGUCGCCGCCACUCUCCUCAGCAUCGCUAAUGGAGUUUUCCCCUUCUCCUGGCUGCCAAUUUUUAAGAAUUGGUCUAGACAUUUGUUGGCGCUAUGGUGGCACCGGGCAUCACCGCAACGUUUGUACACGGCCACCAAUCCUGUUUUGCUCCCGUUGUGGUCAAAUAGGCGUAAUGUCAAGGAAUUGUCCUUGCUAG